AUGCGGAUGGAUUUUAAUCCCAAGUUGGGAACCAAGAUACCAAGGGAAGCAACUGAAAUCACUUUCAUAAAGAAAGAUGCAACAGGAGUGAUCUUUCCGGAUAAUGAAGCUAUUGUGAUUUCCUUGCAAAUUGAAGCAGCGACAAAGUUAGGGAAAACUCAUACAGACAUGAUUCCUGUUCCGACAUAUCUGGUGGGACUUAAUGCAACCCCAGUUUGGCCGCUCAGAAGAAUAACAAUGCCAAUCAUGGUAGGUCCAAGAACAGUUGAGGUAGAUUUCCUUGUUAUAGAUCUACCCUCGACGUAUAAUGCAAUCAUGGGUAGGACCUGCCUCCACUUAAUGGAGGUUGUUCCCUCAUCUUAUCAUCAGAUACUCAAAUUCCCCUACGGGGAUAAGGUGAUGGAGAUAAGAGGAGAUCAGGCUGCCUCAAAAGAGUGUUUUAUGGCAAAAGCAAAGCAAGCAGGAAGAAUGAUGAUGACAAAGGAAGAGGCUCCAAUCCUAAAGGAAGUUUGA